AUGGAUAGAUACGACGCGAGCAGGAUCGAGCACAUAUAUUUAAGCGAAGUUAACAUGCGAAGAAAAGACAGCGGCAGACAAGCCCAGCACCUGUUCUGGAUCUCCUGUUCCCCCCUGACCUUCUCCCGUCCUCAUCACACGGAGAGUACCACCGGUAGUCCCUUCACGUUUCACCCAGAAUUCGUACGGGAUGUCCGAGCUCUUCAAAACCGUACAGUAUUUGCAGAAUUACGCUCUAUGUAG